CAUUCGAUUAUGCGAGCCUUUGGGGGUGGUUGGCUGGCUGGCUGGCUGGCUGGGUGGCUGGCUGGUUGACUGUGGAAGGCUGCCAGGGUGCCGACUGCACGCCAGUCCGUGCUCAGACGUGAUUCCUAACGCAACUUACCUUUUUUCGUUCCUCAACUCUUUUACCUCUUGGAUCUAAAUUCUUGGAGGUCCAUUCAGCCGGAUUGACAGAGCCAGCAGAGUUCGCUAUGGUACAGUAACGAUCCGUAUCCAUAGGAUCGACGAGAUUAGUCACUGUGGCUUCGUACAGGAGAAGACAUCUCCUUGUGGAGGAGGUGCCAGGACUAUAUAUUCGGCGACUAACACUAGAGGAUCCUAAGAGCGCGAGAGAACGACCCAACUCAAGGUCGGAUUCUCCGACUCGGCGUAUCUGUCAUCCACGGAGCAGCAUCCCUCCAGGAGGACGAAGGACCUCGAGGUACAUGAGGUCCUGGCUCGACAGGAUUGCCAACGAGAGGUCAGCUUUUUUGACGAUUACGUCAUUGGAGCUUCCAGAUUGUCCGAUUCCUUUGAUCGAGUCCCAGGCGAGUGCACGUGGACGAACCAGAGACUCCGGAGGCAACGGUCACGAGGAUAAGGAUGAGAUACUGGAUGAACUCUUGGAAAAGGUCGCUGAAAUUCGACGCGAGACGCAACGGGACAGGAGCAUCCUGAAUUCACGGGAAUCUCGGAGGAACCAUCCUGCGAAACGGCCUGUAGGAUCCGCCGAGUGCAGCAGGACUUUGGCUGACCUCGAGGAAUGCACGCGGAGCAUGAACGAAGGUACCGACUAUCGAAAGUCCUCGGCCCUGGAGGAAGUGCAGAAGGAUUGUAUAUGUUCAGAAAUUUCUGAGAAGCUGCGAAUAAACAUUCGCAAGAAAACGGAGGUCAGGAGGUCAUCCCGCAGCCCAAGUCCGGAAGUGACUCACAUAAUUCGCAUCGCGAUGAAAUACCACGGGCAGUCCGAAUGCAGAACCGAUCAGAAGAAAGAAUCGUCGACGGGUCCAGCUGGACCGGAAGUGGACGCAUAUGGCUCCGGGGAGGAUCUAGAAGAAAAAAAGGAAGAGGAUCCCGAGACUGAAGACAGGUCGGGUGGAACUAGCGGAUCUAAGGAUUAUCAAGAGAAAUGGCAAUUGAGAAAGGAUGAGAACUGUUGCUCCGGUGUGAACGUGGCUUUAGACUUUACGCUGAAUUGUUCCAGCGUGCAGUUGACGUCGCGCGAUGUGAGCGUCAAGGCAGGAAUAAAGAACAAGUAGAGAGGAAAAUAUUAGCGUGGAUAUUCGAUACGAGGCCGCGCGCCAUCGUCAGAGAAAUAGCGUCUGGACCGGAGAGUAAAAGAAAGAAAGGAACGGGAAAUAAGAGAUCAAAGAAGGUGACUCGAGGGAAAUAAAUAAAUAUCUGUAUAAGAAUAUUUUCGAAAAGUCAUCCGGUACCUAUAUUCGUCGUAUCCUUUUUUUUUCUCGCGACAGCAUUAAACGUUAUAGAGCCGUCACGUGUGGCGACGCCGGGCGUUCAAAAUAUGUACAGUCUCUAUAUCAUCGUAGAUAUGUAUAUACAGCUAGCAGUUUAAAUCAGAGGCAGC